AUGAUGUAUGUUAUAAUUAGAUAUGGAGUGGUUGGUAGACAUCGUAAUCAAGCAUUGGUAGAAUCAAGAAACAAGACAUUGGGUAGUACAUUACAUAAAAGAAUGAUGGCACAAGAAAUAUUAACUCCAUCAUCAACAAUCAAAAGAAUGGCCUAUUUAUAUAGUUUUAUCAUAAUGAUAGUACCAAGAUUUUCAAUAGAACAAAAUGAAGAGUUUAUCAUUGUGAUUGCUCGAACACCUUAUAUAAAAGCAAAGGAAGCAGACUUUUAUAUCAUGGGCACCGAGUUUAAGUUUUAUUGUAAACCUUACUUUUUGCGUCUUACAUUUGCUCAUUCACUCGUAGAGAAUGGUAAAGAACGUGCUUCGUACAACAUUGACACUCAACAAUUCACAUUCUAUCUACCAAAGGCUGUCAACGGACAAGUGUUUGACGAUUUGGAUAUGAUUACAAAACUAUUGGACAAGAAGAAAAAGACACCAACCGUUGCUGGUAUUCAAGUUGAAACUAAUUCAUCAACCAACCCUGAUGAACAAAACUUGGAAGGAGAUGAAGAUGAAGAAGAAGAAGAAGAAGAAGAAAGUGAAAGUGAAGAUGAAGAAUGGGAAUUUGAACAAACUUUACCAAAUAAUCAACAAUAUUCUUUGGAUGAUAUAAAGAAUCAACCACAUUAUGGAUUUGAUAAUAAUUUUGUAGCAUUCUUUAAUGAUCUUCAAGGAGAGGUUGAAGAGAUUAUCGAUAUUCCAAUGAUCGAUGAAAUAUCAAAGGAAGAGAGAACUGCUGUUAGAAUUGGUUUUGAAAAUUUGAAAUUUGAUGAAGAUAGAUAUAUGGAAAAUUAUAUAUUCCCAGAAUAUAUUGAUGAAUUAUUACAUUAUAAAGCAUUUUGGGAAACUGCAAUGGAACAAAAAUUAAAAUCAAAGUUGGAUAAAAAUAAUAAUAAUAAUAAUAGCGAACCAAUUCAACCAAUUGAAACUCCAAAGGUUGAAUCAUCAUCAACAAAUCAAGAUAUUAAAGAAUUAAAUCCAUCCAAUUUAGAGGAUUUUGAUGAAUUGGUUAAUGAAACUGAAAUGAAUAGUGAUACCAUCCCAACAGAUAUUGUAAAUCAAAUUAAUUCGGCAUUAUCUAAAAAGGUUGUCAUUUCAUCAACUUUUACUACCAGUUCUCAAACUAUUGAACCUUCAUCAUCUUCAAACAAGGUAAUUACAUUUACUGAUGAAGAAAGAGAUAUUAUGAAAAAUUUACCAAACAAAGAAUAUAAUGUAAAAAAUGAAAAACAAUUAUUAUUAGGAUUAAUUGAUAUUGUAUUUUCAUAUUGUUAUAAUGUUAGAUCUACAUAUGGAGAAGAUACUAUUGAAAGUGCUUGGAACAUUUGCAAGGUAUCAUCUACCUUGUCAUGUAUGGAAACCUUUUCUACUUUGAAAUCGGUGAUUGUUGCUAGUUUUAGACGUAGUAUUACAUUCCCAUUGUUCCGUAGUUGGAAACUUGCUAGUCGUGUAUUGGAAGACACUAGAACUAUAUUUAAAUUGGGCAAACGUUGCAUCUUGAAAUGUUUGUUACAUAUUCGUAAAUGUUUGGAGGGACAUGACUACAAGUACUAUCUCAACAGAUUAUAUAUUGACGAUUAUUGUGUUUGGUUACAAUACGCCAGCAAAAAGAAACUUAAAUCACUCACUGCCAAACUCAACGAAGUUGUCAUUGAAAAGAUGGAUGUUGAAUGGCCACUAGAAGCUUAUGAAAAAUUGGUACAAGAAGAAGGAAUGGUAUUUGGUCAAGACGAAGAAGAAGAUGAAGAUGAAGAAAAUGAAUUGGAGCAAAUGAAUAAUAGUAGCGAUGAAGAAUAA